AACAACCCCAAAAUGCCCCAGCGCGCCCUGCGGAUGCCUUUUUGAUCGCAAAGGUGAGUUGACCUGCGCCUGAAGCCAGAUGGAAUCGUUCCUGGUUUGCCUGAUGAUCCUGGGCAUGGCGGCGUCGAAAGCCCACAAAGUCCAAAUCUGCCCCAAACGCUGCGUCUGCCAAGUCCUGAACCCGAACCUCGCCACGCUAUGCGACAAAAAGGGACUCCUCUUCGUCCCUCCGAACAUCGACCGCCACACCGUCGAGAUGCGACUGGGAGACAACUUCGUCACCAACAUAAAACGGAAAGACUUCGCCAACAUGACCAAACUGGUGGACUUGACGCUGUCUCGGAACACGAUCGGGACAAUCGCGCCGCACGCAUUCAAAGAUCUAGAAAACCUCAGAGCGCUGCAUCUGGAUAGCAACAGGCUAACGCGGAUUACGAACGACACGUUUAGCGGCAUGUCCAAACUCCAUCAUCUCAUCUUGAACAACAACCAGCUGACGCACAUCCAGAUCGGCGCUUUCAACGAUUUGACGGCUUUGGAAGAGCUCGAUCUGUCCUACAACAACUUGGAAAGUGUCCCGUGGGUCGCGAUCCAACGAAUGUCUAGCUUACACACGCUAAAUCUGGAUCACAACAUGCUAAGCUACAUCCCCGAGGGCACAUUCUCCGGUUUGCAGAAGUUGAAACGACUGGAUGUGACGUCGAAUAAGCUUCAGAAACUUCCCCCGGAUCCGGUUUUCCAAAGAGCGGGAGUCCUGGCCACGUCCGGGAUCAUGGGGCCGUCGUCGUUCGCGUUGAGUUUUGGAGGGAAUCCGUUGCGGUGUAACUGUGAGCUGCUGUGGCUCAGGAGGCUGAGGAGGGAGGACGACCUGGAAACCUGCGCCUCGCCUCAACAUUUGGCCGGACGAUAUUUCUGGACCGUUUCAGAAGAAGAGUUUCUGUGUGAGCAGCCGCUCAUCACCAGACACUCACAGGAGUUGCGUGCGUUGGAGGGUCAGAGUGUGACUCUUCGGUGUAAAGCUCGUGGAGACCCAGACCCUGUGAUUCACUGGAUCGCUCCAGACGGACGCCUCAUGUCCAACUCCACCCGAGCCAAUGUCCACCAGGACGGGACUCUGGACAUCCUCAUCAGCACCGUCAAGGACUCAGGCUUGUUCACGUGCGUGGCGUCUAACCCCGCGGGAGAGGCUCAGCAGACGGUGGAUCUGAUCAUCGAUAAACUCCCUCACAUCACCAACAGCACCGCCGUGGACCAGGAACCCGACCCGGGAUCCUCCGACAUCGCCACGGUAACCAAGACCGGAUCUGAGCCCGGCAACGUCCCUCUGAGCAACGCCAAGACCAGCCCGGAGAAGAAAGUGGUGAUCGCCGAAGCCACCUCCUCCUCCGCUCUCGUCAAAUUCAACUUUCAGAGGACCAUCCCGGGAAUAAGGAUGUUUCAGAUUCAGUACAACGGGACGUACGACGACUCACUGGUUUACAGAAUGAUCCCUCCGAGCAGUAAGAACAUUCUGGUGAAUAACUUGGCGGCUGGGACCCAGUACGACCUUUGUGUUCUGGCCAUUUACGACGACCAGGUGACGUCUCUGACCGCCACCCGGGUCAUCGGCUGCGUCCACUUCAGCACCGAGCCCCAGUACCUCCGCUGUCACUUCAUGCAGUCGCAGUUUCUGGGCGGCACCAUCGUGGUCAUCAUCGGGGGCAUCAUCGUCGCCUCCGUCCUCGCCUUCAUCAUCUUCCUCAUCGUGCGUUACCGGGUGUGUAACCACGGCGACGUAGAUAAGGCUCUGGAGAUGGGGGACAUCCGCUCCCUCAGCAGUGACGGGCAGCUCCAGGGCUGCGGUCUGCCCAAGUCUGUGUCCAAACAGGCCCUGCGCCCCGAGAAGAGCGACAAGGAGUGUCUGAGGGUGGCCCUGCCCCCCCCGGAGCCCGUGAAGCAGAGACCGGCCGUGGUCGCCCCAAAGCCCAGCGCGGUCGCUCCAAAGACGUCCUCCGUGGCCCCGUCCAAGCCCCCCUCUGUGACCCCUCUGAAGCCCUCCGUGGCCCCCCUGAAGCCCUCUGUGCCCGACUGCACCGUCUCCUCUUCAGCAGCGACCCACAGCUGGCACCCCGCCUCGCCUGGCGCCCCCCGCCUCAAACGCUCCGCCCCCAAACCCUCCGAGCCUCUGGAGCUCGACAACAUGAACCGCAACAACUCGUCCGACCUGAAGAGGGCGUCGCUGCUGGCCCCCACCGUCGCGGGACAGCCCCUCAAAUGGACCGCGGCUCCCAGAGGCCCGCGGCCGCACCAGCGUCAGUACAUGACUGUGCCUGCGGGGGGCGUGAGAGUGCACCGCAGACACUCUCUGAACGCAGACUCGUACACAGACCGCUGCUACGUGGCCUACGCCAAAGCGGGAGGAGGCAGCCUGCGCUCCAAACGCAGCCUGUCCAUGAGCGGAGAGCUGCCUCACAUCUCCUCAGACAUUCAGCACAGCAAAGGCCCUCUGUCCAGGUCCGAGUGGCUCCUGGAGAGCACGCUAUGAUGCCCCCUGACCUCUGACCCCUGUGUGCCCUGUGACCCCUUCUCUCUCCCCCCUCUGACCCAUCUGACCCCAACUG